AUGAUCGCGCCCUCGCAACACCAGCUGCUGCUGUACAUUCUCGUCCUCCUUGCAGCCGGGGCUCUCUCGAUCCAGGCUACCACCAUUGCUGAACAACAUGAGCCGCCGCUGCCAAUCACACGUCCGGGCUGUCCGGACAAGUGUGGCAACAUCAGCAUCCCCUUCCCGUUCGGCAUGAAGCCCGGCUGCUUCCGGCAGGGCUUCCAGGUCACCUGCGACCACUCCUUCCAGCCUCCUCGCGCCUUCCUCGCUAAAGGCGCCGGAUCAGGAGCAUCCCAGUCGACAUUCCUCUCCUCCUACUCCGUCAACAUGACCACAGGUAACUAUUCCCUCGUAGACCGGAAAGACUCCCCUGUCUUCCCGGUCGAGCUCAUCGACAUAUCAGUCGCCGAGAGCGCUGCACGGGCCUACGGUGCAGUGGCGUCCGUCUGCAACACGAAUGCCACCGGCGGAUUCUUGAGGCUUACGUUCACCACCCUGGCGUUCGGCAUGGACGCGGCUCAGGGCCCGUUCCUCGUUUCGGUGGCGCGCAACGUCCUCGUCGGCGUCGGCCUGAAAGUCCAGCCUCUGGCGUUCACGUUCAACACCGCGCCUGGUGCCGAAAGGGACGAGCCCCUCGUCUCCUGCCGCUCGACGCUCAUGGGGAACCUGGAGCUCGCGUCCAACGGGUCGUGCUCUGGGCGGGGCUGCUGCCAGGCCUCCCUGCCCAAGGAGCUGCCGCUCUCCGGCGUCUCGGUUAUCAUGCCCACCCAGACCCUCAACAACUCUCUGUGGGUGACAAAUCCAUGCUCCUUCGCUAUGGUGGUGGAGGAUUCUUGGUACAACUUCUUCACGGCGGACCUGUAUGGCGACACCAGCAACAAGUUCCCCAGGGGCGUGCCCUACGUGAUCGAUUUCGCCAUCAGGAACGCUAGAUGUCCGGAGAAGGGUGAGCAGCCACCUCUGGGCUACGCGUGCGUCAGCGGCAACAGCUCUUGUGCCGACGUGACCAAUGGCUACAUCUGCAAGUGCUUGGAGCACUACGAGGGCAACCCCUACAUCACAAAUGGAUGCCAAGACAUCGAUGAAUGCAAGCACCCAGGUUUGUAUCCUUGCUCGAGUGACGGGAUAUGCAAGAACAGGCUUUUAGGGUAUGACUGUCCAUGCAAACCCGGAAUGAAAGGCGAUGGGAAGAUGGGAACGUGCCAACACAUAUUCCCCGUUGUAGCAAAGAUGCUUGUAGGUGUAAUUGGUGGUUUCUUUGUCAUGGCGGCUCUGUUAUUCCUCAUUCUUCUCCGCAAAGAGAAAAAGAAGAUGAGGGAGUUAUAUGAAAAGAAUGGCGGGUCUAUACUGGAGAAAGCAAAAGCUAUAAAGAUUUUCAAAAAGGAAGAGCUUAAGGAAAUUUUAAAGAGUAAAAAUUCAAUUGGAAAAGGUCAGUUUGGUGAAGUUUACAAGGGCCUUCUUAAUAAUAAACUAGUUGCAGUAAAGAAGCCAAGAAGUGACGGUGAGCCAAAAAAUAACGAACAAUUUGCAAAUGAAGUCAUCAUCCAAUCUCAAGUCAUCCACAAGAACAUUGUUAGGCUGAUAGGUUGUUGCCUCGAAGUUGAUAUCCCGAUGCUUGUUUAUGAGUUCAUCCUGAAUGGUAGCCUUGAAGAUCUUCUUCACAGUAACAAGCUAGUUCCUGUCAACAUUGAUGUGCGUUUGAGUAUUGCAGCACAGUCCGCAGAUGGCCUAUCUUAUAUGCACUCAAAAACAAGUAAUAAAAUCCUACAUGGUGAUGUUAAGCCAGCAAAUAUACUCUUGGAUGACAACUUCAUGCCAAAGAUCUCAGACUUUGGCAUAUCGAGAUUGAUUGCAAGAGAUAAAGAACAUGCAGAUGAAGUCAUUGGUGAUAUGAGUUAUAUGGAUCCAGUAUAUAGGCAAACAGGACUUCUAACAGAAAAAAGUGAUGUCUACAGUUUUGGAGUUGUGAUCUUGGAACUCAUAUGUAGGAAAAAGGCCACAUAUUGUGACAAUAAUAGCUUGGUAAGGAAUUUUCUUGAAGCUCAUAAUGAGAAGAGGGUAGCCGAGUUGUUUGACAGUGAAAUUGCAAUGACAAGCAAUUUAGAGCUUCUCAAUAGUUUGGCAAGGAUUGCCAUGGAAUGCCUUAAUCUUGAUGUGGAUCAAAGACCAUCAAUGAUAGAUGUAGCAGAGCGCCUUCUCAAACUAUACCAGUCUCGUAACCCUUAA